UGCAGCCACAACUCCUGAACAUUUUUGUACAACAUCGAAAGUGAAGUAAGUUUCUCCGACAUAAAAAAACGAUUGAAGAAUUCAAAUUUAAUUUAAUAUAUGUUAAAAACAAUACGUAUACUAGUUUAAAUGUGUUCUGUGCCAUAAUGUUCAAGUCUGUGAUCUGUAGGCACUUUGCCACGGUAAUAAAAAAGGCGGAGUAUAAGUCGAAGCCUCUCAACCAGAAAGCGCGCUCGAUUCAAAAUUUAAACUACGAAAACAAGGCACUAUUUGGAGCCGUUAACAAAACGGAUAAGGAGCCGUCGAUUGCCUUCAAAGCUGGUCGCCAAUCAGUGAAUGAAAUCAGUAAUGAUUCCGAAAUGUAUUGGCUGUUGCAGAAAGACAGUUCAAACAGAAAGAUAAUUCGAUCGUCCGCUAGCACCCGGAAGGGAAGCAUCACGUCAUCCCUCCCGGCGAUUCCCUUCAUUGACACAGAAUUGCGCUCAGUGUUGACAUUCCCUUUGCUACUAUCGGCGAAUGGAACUCACGAACGAACAUGGACGCGUCACGAACAGUACGAAACAGAUCUCUACAGGUCGCCUUCGGUUAGCAAAAUCCUGACCGCCACAAUGUCGGAAGCUGCACGUCAGGCUUUGCUCAAGUGGAAAGCAACCAAAAUUGCUGAACUAGGUGAGGACGGAUUUGUCGAAUAUCAGAAGGCUGUUCUGGAGAGGGGUAGUAAUUUUCAUUCCUGCUUGGAGAGUUGGCUCAGUCAAGAGGAUGUUGAUCGGGAUAAAUUGGACAAGGCUCGAGAUCUGUGGAGCAGCAUCGAUGGAUCGCUAGGAAGAAUCGGAAGACCUGCUCGAUUAGUUGAAAGAAAAAUCUAUCACCCAUUCCUGCAUUACAAUGGAGUAGUGGAUUGCGUAUCGUCGUUGGAUAACAAACUGCACAUCAUCGAGUGGAAAACUUCGGAGAACCAGAAAGCCUCGCUGUCGGCCACUUAUGAUGCGCCGAUUCAGUUGUGCGCCUACCUUGGAGCACUGAAAACGGAGCCCGAGUUUAGAGAUCUGGACAUCUCUGGUGGUGCUGUGUUCGUGGCUUAUACGACUGGUAAACCUGCCCAUGUACACUUGGUCAGUUCCGUGAAGCUGAAGAAAUACUGGUCCAUUUGGCUGCAACGGUUGCAGGAAUACUGGAUCCGAUAUCGGGACAAUACUUUACCGGAACCGAUUUGAUGCUUUUGUUAUUGAAUAAGUGAAAUAAAAUUGUUUGUUAAAAUUACAAAACAA